GCGGGUGCGGGGAGCUGCCCGUCCUCCGCCGCCGCCGAGCUCGCCCGACCCUCCGCGCGCACUGCUCCGAGGCCAGGCCUCCACCCGCUCCGCAGCCGGCACCAUGCGCGAGAUCGUGCACAUCCAGGCGGGCCAGUGCGGCAACCAGAUCGGCGCCAAGUUUUGGGAGGUCAUCAGCGAUGAGCAUGGGAUCGACCCCACAGGCAGUUACCAUGGAGACAGUGACUUGCAGCUGGAGAGAAUCAACGUGUACUACAACGAGGCUGCCGGUAACAAAUACGUCCCUCGGGCCAUCCUGGUGGAUCUGGAGCCGGGCACGAUGGACUCCGUCAGGUCCGGACCAUUCGGCCAGAUCUUCAGGCCGGACAACUUCGUGUUCGGCCAGAGCGGAGCGGGAAACAACUGGGCGAAGGGCCACUACACGGAGGGCGCGGAGCUGGUGGACUCGGUCCUGGACGUGGUGCGCAAGGAGUCGGAGAGCUGCGACUGCCUGCAGGGCUUCCAGCUGACGCACUCGCUGGGCGGCGGCACGGGCUCGGGCAUGGGCACGCUGCUCAUCAGCAAGAUCCGCGAGGAGAUACAAAUCCACUGCAUGUAA